CUCGCCCACCCCACUGGGGGCCCCACCGCGCCCCAGCCCCCCGUGGGCCCCGCGCCAACCCUGACACGGGUAGGGGGUGGGUGCUGGGAGAGACGGUCCUGCUGUGGGAGGGCCCCAGGGAAGAGGUUGUUUCGGGUGAGGGGCGGGGGAGCGCCAAGAGAGAGGAGGGAUCCUGGAGUGGCAAGGCUUGGCAUAGGAGAAAGGGAUUGACAUGGGAGAAGGCCUGUGGGGAGAGGAUUUUGGUGUGGCAGGUACUCUGGGAGGGGAGAACUCUAUGUGAUAUUUGGGGAAUUUGGUUCUGGGGGCCUUCUAGGAAUGGGCACAGUUGUGGAUUGACUCUGAUGUAGAGAAGAGUAACUGGAGAAAGGGCCCUGGUAGGAAUAUUGGAUGGGGGAGGAGGGAAAGAUCCAGUGUAGGGGAGAGAAGGGCGAGUGAAGAGACGCCUCCUCCUUGCUCCCAUCAGGAGAAGUGAGCCUUGAUUGGGAGGGGGAACCAUGGAUUAAUAUGGGGAAGAUCCCUGAUGUGGCACAGAGAAAGUACCUUGGGGGGGGCUGAUGUGGGAGAAAAUGGUAUAGGGAUGAGGUCUUGCAUGGUAUGGGGAGGGUCCCCUGGGAAGGAGGUGCCCUGAUGCAUGAGAAUGUCAUAGGGGUAGGAUUCUUUUAUAUAAAGACAAUCCUAUGUAACAGGAUAACCUUGGUGUGGUCCCCAGGACCCUGAUGCGGUUUUAGGGGCCUGCAGAGGACUCUGCUAUGGGUUUGGAGGGGACCCAGAGUUCUCUCAUGUGGUUUGGGGGAUCCUAGAGUUCUCUGGAUUUAGGGAUCUACUGGGAAGGGUAGAUCUUGAAGUGCAGGGAUCUUGUGUGAGGGGGCGCUGGGGAGGGCCACAAGCAAAAAUGGGAACCAAAGAGUGAACCCUACUCCCUAUACUGUCUGUGGUUUCUUUUUCUUCUCUUCCUCCCCCCGAUUAUUGGUGUCUUUCUGUCCUUUCCUUUCAUGCCCUAUAUCCCUGCCUGGCUUUCAAUCAUCCCCGUUCAUAUGGUCCCCUUUUUGCGCCACCUAUUUCAUUUAUUUGGUAAUCAUUUGUUGAGGGACUCUGCUGUGCGCCCCCCACCGCCCCACCCUCUCUUUCCCCUUUCUACAUUGCCACCUGUUGUCCUUUUUCUCCUCUCCCUGUGUGUUGCCUUCUUUCUGAUGUCCACCUCUUUCCCGCCUGGCCCUUUCCCACACGUCCCCUUGUUCCAUGUUGUUCCCCUGCCUCCCGCCUACUCUCAGGUCUCAGCGGCGGUGGCAGCCGAGGUGCAGGAUGCGAGAAGGCGCCCCCCCGGCCGGGCUCCCGCUCCAGGCCUCGCUCCCCUGCGGCCCUCUGAGCCCACCAUGGCCGUUCCACCAGGCCAUGGUCCCUUCUCUGGCUUCCCGGGGCCCCAGGAGCACACGCAGGUAUUGCCUGAUGUGCGGCUGUUGCCACGGAGGCUGCCCCUGGCCUUCCGGGACGCGACCUCAGCCCCACUGCGCAAACUCUCCGUGGACCUCAUCAAGACCUACAAGCACAUCAAUGAGGUAUACUAUGCGAAGAAGAAGCGGCGGGCCCAGCAGGCACCACCUCAGGACUCGAGUACCAAGAAGGAGAAGAAGGUCCUGAAUCAUGGUUAUGAUGACGACAACCACGACUACAUUGUGCGCAGCGGCGAGCGCUGGCUGGAGCGCUACGAGAUUGACUCACUCAUCGGCAAAGGCUCCUUUGGCCAGGUGGUGAAAGCCUAUGAUCAUCAGACCCAGGAGCUGGUGGCCAUCAAGAUCAUCAAGAACAAAAAGGCCUUCCUGAACCAGGCCCAGAUUGAGCUUCGGCUGCUGGAGCUGAUGAACCAGCACGACACGGAAAUGAAGUACUACAUAGUGCACCUGAAGCGGCACUUCAUGUUCCGGAACCACCUGUGCCUGGUGUUCGAGCUGCUUUCCUACAACCUGUACGACCUCCUGCGCAACACGCACUUCCGCGGCGUCUCGCUGAACUUGACGCGGAAGCUGGCGCAGCAGCUCUGCACAGCGCUGCUCUUCCUGGCCACGCCCGAGCUCAGCAUCAUUCACUGCGACCUCAAGCCAGAGAACAUCCUGCUCUGCAACCCCAAGCGCAGCGCUAUCAAGAUCGUGGACUUUGGCAGCUCCUGCCAGCUUGGCCAGCGGAUCUAUCAGUACAUCCAGAGCCGCUUCUACCGGUCGCCUGAGGUGCUCCUGGGUACACCCUAUGACCUGGCCAUUGACAUGUGGUCCCUGGGCUGCAUUCUGGUGGAGAUGCACACCGGAGAGCCCCUCUUCAGUGGCUCCAAUGAGGUGGACCAGAUGAACCGGAUAGUGGAGGUGCUGGGCAUCCCACCAGCCCCCAUGCUGGACCAGGCACCCAAGGCUCGCAAGUACUUUGAACGGCUGCCUGGGGGUGGCUGGACCCUACGAAGGACAAAGGAACUCAGGAAGGAUUACCAGGGCCCCGGGACACGGCGGCUGCAGGAGGUGCUGGGCGUGCAGACGGGCGGGCCCGGGGGCCGGCGGGCGGGGGAGCCGGGCCACAGCCCCGCCGACUACCUCCGCUUCCAGGACCUGGUGCUGCGCAUGCUGGAAUAUGAGCCCGCCGCCCGCAUCAGCCCACUGGGGGCUCUGCAGCACGGCUUCUUCCGCCGCACGGCUGAUGAGGCCACCAACACGGGCCCGGCAGGCAGCAGUGCCUCCACCUCGCCCGCACCCCUUGACACCUGUCCCUCCUCCAGCACCGCCAGCUCCAUCUCCAGCUCUGGAGGCUCCAGUGGCUCCUCCAGUGACAACCGGACCUACCGAUACAGCAACCGAUAUUGUGGGGGCCCUGGGCCCCCCAUCACUGACUGUGAGAUGAACAGCCCCCAGGUCCCACCCUCCCAGCCGCUGCGCCCCUGGGCAGGGGGUGAUGUGCCCCACAAGACACAUCAAGCCCCUGCCUCCGCCUCGUCACUGCCAGGGGCCGGGGCCCAGUUAUCCCCACAACCCCGAUGCCUUGGCCGUCCCCCAUCACCAACCUCACCACCACCCCCGGAGCUGAUGGAUGUGAGCCUGGUGGGCGGCCCUCCAGACUGCUCCCCACCUCACCCAGCGCCUGCCCCCCAGCACCCGGCUGCCUCAGCCCUCCGGACUCGGAUGACAGGAGGUCGUCCACCCCUCCCACCCCCUGAUAACCCUGCCACUCUGGGGCCUCGCUUGGGCCUCCGUGGUGUACCCCAGAGCACGGCAGCCAGCUCAUGACCCAGCCCCCUCCCUGGGGCCCCUCCUGAAGCCAUACCCCCCAUCUGGGGGCCCUGGGCUCCCAUCCUCAUCUCUCCCCUUGACUGGAAUUGCUGCUACCCAGCUGGGGUGGGUGAGGCCUGCACUGAUUGGGGCCUGGGGCAGGGGGUCAAGGAGAGGGGUCUAGGCACACCCUCCCUGUAAGGACUGGACCCUUAGCCCCCUCUCCCCUCCCUUGUUUUCUAUUUAUUGUACCAAAGACAGUGGUGGUCCGGUGUCGGGGGGAGACCCCCUUCACCCUCGGGCCCUAGGAGGGGGUGGGGGCAGGUAGGGGGAGAUGGCCUUGCUCCUCCUUGCUGUACCCCCCAGUAAAGAGCUUUCUCACA